AUGGGGAGGGGUAAGAUUGAGAUCAAGAGGAUUGAGAACUCAAGCAAUAGACAAGUUACCUACUCAAAGAGAAAGAAUGGGAUCCUUAAGAAGGCAAAGGAAAUCACAGUUCUUUGUGAUGCACAAGUUUCCCUUAUCAUCUUUGCUGCUUCUGGAAAGAUGCAUGAUUACAUAAGCCCAUCUACAACGUUGAUUGACAUCUUGGAGAGAUACCACAAAACCUCUGGGAAGAGGCUUUGGGAUGCAAAGCAUGAGAACCUUAACGGCGAAAUCGAAAGACUGAAGAAAGAGAAUGACAGCAUGCAAAUUGAGCUCAGGCACUUGAAAGGGGAAGAUAUCAACUCACUGAACUACAAGGAGUUGAUGGGCUUAGAAGAUGCCUUGGAAAAUGGUCUCCUAACUGUCCGCGAGAAACAGAUGGAACUAUACAGGAUGUUCAGGAGAAAAGACAAGAUCUUGGAGGAGGAGAACAGGGAACUUAAUUUUAUCCUGCAACAAAGAAUGGCAGUGGAAGAUGCGAGAGAUGUGGACAAUGGAUUUGAUCAGAGCGUAAGGGAUUUCAAUUCUCAGAUGCCUUUUGCGUUUCGUGUGCAGCCUAUGCAACCAAAUCUUCAAGAGAGGAUCUAAAUUAGCUGCUAUGGUCUUAAGCU